UACAGGCUUUGGUGGAUGAUCCAUAACCUAAGCUCCAUUUGCUCUCUAUGAAAUGUGUUCAGGUCAUUAGCUUACUUCUCUUCAAGUGAAAGGAAGGUGUGUCUCCAGUGCACUCAUUUUAAAUAAUAAUAAUAAUUUAUGAACUUCAGGAGAUCUGCAGAAACCAGCCUUGUGAAAUGUAUUCUUUUGGACUCAGAAGUCUGUCUGCCUUACAGCAUCUGUGCACGGUGUGGUGUUAAUAUCUAUAAGACAGAACAAACAGUGAGGAGGCAAGCUAGUGCAAAAAGCGGACAAAUUGAGAAGAAACUUUUGUUUCCAUCUCCUUCCUUUUCUUCUUGCUUUGAGCUGCUGCUGGAACAAGAAUGGGUCAGCUAUGUGGACGAUGCAUGCAGCUCCUGCGGGACUUCAUAGGCUUUGUUCAGAGGAUGUCCUCUGACUUGGUGCAAGGCAUCAAGGAAUGCUUAACUCUGAUAAGCAAUUGCUCCUGCUUAAAACAGAACAGCUCUAAAAACAGGCAGCUGUACAAGCCCAUCCUACAGCCUCAUGAGAGAGUGACUGCACAGGAGUUUCUGCAGCAUAUUGAAACAGAUUUUGAAAUGUCUCCACUGGGAAAGGACCCUCUGGAAGCCUUGAGGACCUUAUCCUUUUCAGAAAACCCAGGUUUACAGCAGUCAGCUGCGCUCUAUUACUUGCACGUGAGUCAGCACAUGAACAUCCCCCUGCCUGUGGAACAUCUGGAACCCUUCUAUGCCUUACUACGUUCUGCUGACCUGGAAGUGCAGCAGAUGUCUUCCUUGUCCCUUGUCAACUUCCUGCUGGAAGGAAAUAUUGACAAAGAAUUAGUUGUCCAAAUGGGUUUACUUGAGCCAAUUCUGGAUCUGCUUGAAUCAGAGGAUCCCACUGUCCAGUGCAAUUCCUGUGCCUGCAUCAUGACUUUGGCUGUUUCAGAGUCCAACCGAGAGGCUAUUGGUGCUGCUAGAGGAGUUACGCCCCUACUGUCUCUUGCCAAUUCCUAUGAUCCCAGAGUCCAGCAAAAUGCAGUUGGUGCUGUUCUGAACCUCACACAAUCAGAGAAAAUCCAACAAGUUCUAUGCAAGGAAGGAGCCCUACCAGUUCUUGCCUUGCUGCUGGAAUCUCCUGACUCAGAAGUCCAGUACUACAGCUGUGCUGCCCUGAGCAACGUGGCAGCCAAUGUUCAGCACCACAAAGCCUUGCUGGGACGCAGUGACAGAUUCCUGCUGCGGACACUGCUCUCUCUCCUAUCCUCUUCUGUGGACAAGGUUUCAAGCCAGGCAUGUGUUUGCCUAAGAAAUUUGGCUACCAGUGUGGACAUCCAGGCCGAAAUGGUUGCUGAGAACGUCCUGCCCCAGCUGUGCUCUCUCCUGGCCUCUGGAAGCGAGGACGUGCGCCGUGCCUCCAUCGCUCUGCUCUGGAUACUCUCCCAGCACCCGCCCAACCAGGACAUUCUGGCAUGUGCUGAGCUACUGCAGAGCCUGGGGAUGUUACUGGCAGCACAUAAAACAGACCCUGUGAUUGUUGGACAUACUGCUUGCAUCAUCAGAAACCUGUGCCUUUCCAAAAACAGACAGAGAAUCACGGAGAGCCGCUGUGUCGAAGGUCUCCUCCAGACCCUGCUUUUGACCGACACUCAGGAAGACUCCCUUCAUUACGUGACAUCCUGCCUUGCUGAGCUAGCAAAGCAAGAAGGAGCCAUGUUACACAUGGUCCAGUGGAUGGAUGAACCUUUGACAAGGUGCUUGGUGAGACUGGCUGGCCAACUGGAACAUCCUGAGCCUUCCUUUCAUGCUGCCUCCAUCAUCCAGCACAUGAUCAGUCAUGAAAAAAUGAUGCUUUUGUGGAAAUAUCACAUUGAAGAGAUUCAAGCCUACCUCAAGAAUUUCCUUACCCACCAAGAGGUCCGUUUUCAGCAGCUGGGCAUCUCCACACUCUGCAGACUACGAGCAGAUCCAGACUUUUCAUUAGCAUUCAGAAAAAGCCAAAUGGUCAAACUCCUUGAGCAAGUCCGUCAGCAAACAGAAGAAACUCAAGAGCUCCUUAGGGCAGCUAUGUGCCAUGAAGACAGUUAAUAUUUAAGCCAAAUGGUUUAUGAAAACUUACCAGAUACAAUGGCCUGAACUUUCAGAGCAAACAACUCUUUUCCUUGGUUCCGGUAAUUUUCCUGCUACUUGCAGUUUUGUCAUACAAGAGAGAUGUCCCGAUAACAAGAAUUGGAGCAGGUCAAAACACAAUUCCUUGCACCCUUUGGCUGGCUGCUUAAGUGUGCUUGAGGACAUGGCUACAUGUUGAAAAACACCUGCUAUGCUUGGUUAACCUUCCAUGGCUUGUUUUUGGUUUCCUCACCCCACCCUUCAGAAGAACCAGCACUGUAUUAAUGAGGUUUUAUUCAUGCAACAGGCUGAUUCCAUUGAUGAGGCAUCUCUCAAGUAUGCAGGUCUGCAUUCAUCUUUAUUCUCUUUCUGUUCCAUGUCCUGUAUUUCAGAGCACACUCCAAGGACUUUAGAAAAUAAUUGAAUCACCCCAUACUAUAAAGGUAGAAAACUACAUACAGGUUACUACAGAAAGUAACUGCUAAGGGAAAAUUCUCAAAGUACAAAAAAUUUGUAAGAAACAAGAAUAGGUAAAGUCUUACAGCUGAUCCUUGUCCACACUAUAGGCUCUACUCUCCAGCAGACGAGCAAAGGCAUGUUAAGGCAAGGAAAUGUUGCACAGAGCAAGUACAGAACACAGCAGGAACCAUGAAUGAUUUGGGUGAGAUGUGUUUAAGUACAGAACUGUGUUCUGCAAAUGUUAAAUUCUUUCUAAAGCUACUUGCAACAAGGGAUGAGUGAAAAUAUUUGGCAAAAUUAGG